UAGAGCGAACUACCCGGCCUUUGUCCGUUUCUCCUUGGACUAAGCCAAACUACCUGGCUUUUGUCUGUUUCUUCCCUAGACUAGCUCGAGUGCACGCGUGCGUGCUGGGAAAUUUCUCUUGCAUUUUUUAUGUAUUGAUAUACUGAAAAGGCUACAUAUAAAUCAGUGGGCAUGAUGAUCAAUGAAGAUACAUUCCUGUUAUGUUUUCCUUUUAAUUCUUACACUUCUGUACAUAUAUAUGUGCUGGUGGAUAUAGAAUUCCGGUGUGGGUCGCAACUAACAAGUCAGUCGGUCGGCACAUAAUCACUGAUCAGUUCUCGUGCUGAAAAUCCCUUCAACUUCAAGGGCUUUGGCACGGUGCCGUAAGGGUUUGCACAGCCACCAUUAUGUCGAAGAGAGAAAAAGAACAACAAAUCGGUGGAUGAUGAACAGCUUCUCGUGCAGGCCCUCACGGCACAUUCUGAUUCAGGCAACUUUCGUUUUCAGCAGAUUUUUCCCUUGAUUUUUUUUUUUUUUGCAGAUUUUUCCUUAGGUACGAAUGGCCGGAGGAGGAAACCAAGACCAGAUCAACCGAGAAAUGGACCGCCAUGUGAUCGGGGUGCCGAGCAAAUGGUCAUAUUCCAUGGAGAUGCGGUUCAAGCAAUGGCCGACUCUUCUGAAACCCCCUGCCAGUAAGCGCUCCUGCUGCAUUUUCAGAGCCCCACAAAGCCUGCUUCAGAUCAACGAGAAGGCUUACGAGCCCCAAAUCGUCUCCAUCGGUCCAUACCACCAUGGCCAACAGCGGCUGAAUAUGGUCGAGCAGCACAAACCUCGAUUCUUCUCCACUCUCCUCGAACGAACUAAAAAUAGCGGCGUGGGCCUUGACAACUAUUUCAAAGCCAUUGCAUCGAGGGAGAAUGACAUUCGGGAUUGCUACUCAGAGCUUCUUCAUUGUGAAAGCUCGGCUCUCGUGGAGAUGAUGGUCCUCGAUGCCUGCUUUAUUGUCGAGAUGUUCCACAUCUGUGCGGGAGUAUUUGAGCCUGAUCCCGACGAUCCUUUCUUCGCAACGCCAUGGAUGUACAUCAUCCUCAUAAGGGACCUUCUGCGGAUCGAAAACCAGAUCCCUUUCUUUGUCCUUCAAGAGGUUUUCAACUUAUUGAAUGGCGACACUGAGAAUGAAGCCAACCAACGCUCCCUCAGUGAGCUCGCGCUACUAUUCUUCAACAUCGCGGCUCAAAGGCCAGAGGGACAACUGGAGAAGUUCUACAAGGUAAGCAAAGCCAAACACUUGCUUGACUUGUUCCGACUGAGUCUUGUCGGCCAUUGGGAUGUGGAAAAAGGUGUACAUGUCAAUGACGACUGCUUAGAAUUGAUCCCCUCAGCGAGGCAGCUUCUUCGCUCCGGGAUUAAAUGCAAGCUGAGGAAGGGUGACAACUUGAACUUACUGGACAUCAAUUUCAAUCGUGGUGAACUUCAAAUCCCUCGUUUGACUCUAGACGAUUUCAUGAGCUUCUUCUUACCCAACUGCAUCGCCUUUGAGCAGUGUUACUGCUACUCCUCCAGGCACAUGACCAGUUACAUCAUCUUCAUGAAAUGUCUCGUGGGCACAGAAGCGGAUGCAGAGCUCUUAUCUGAGAACCAACUACUAGUGAAUUAUUUGGGAUCGAAUGCAGAGGUCGCGACUUUCUUCAAUGAUCUGGGUAAGGACAUUGCUUUUAGUAUCAAGAUAAGCUAUUUGGCCGAGUUAUUUAGGCAAGUGAACAGAUACCACCGAAGCCAAUGCCGCAUGACUUGGACGGGGUUCAAGAACAAAUACUUUGGUAGUCCUUGGUCCUUCAUGUCGGCUAUUGCUGCCAUUCUACUGUUGGGUCUUACCGUCCUUCAAGCAUUUUAUGCGGUCUAUGGGUAUUACCGUCCCCGGAAGUAACUGACACUCGGCAACGCAUUUUUGGGGAGACAUGAACCUAGGGCAAAAUUUGAUAUAUGUUUUGAGGUUCUUUUUUUGUUUUGUUCGAAAUGUUUUGAGGUUCUAGAUGGUUUGAGUACAGCCACGAGUCUUCUUGACAAUAAUGCUAAUGGUAUUUUCCCCCUUGGUGCUGUAGCUCAUUUGUCAGUCUUCCAUCGUCUAAGUAAGUUUUUCUCCUCAAAAGAUUGUGGUCACAGCACAUAUCAACGGUCUGUAUUAAUUUGGCCUAUAGAAAAUAGUUCAAGAAACAUUUUUUUCGUCAA